AUGAAGGCUCUUAUUCUGAUCGCCGCUCUCCUUGGCGUAUCCAUUGCCACAGAUAAUAUUGACAUCAACAAUCAGGGAAACACUGGUUCCAAUGUCCACCAGACAGUCAACAUUGACAACCAUGAUAAUAUUGCCAAUGUGAACCAGUACAAUGGAUGGAACUCUUGGAAUUCAAUUUUUGACUACAACAGAGGUCUUUUUGCAGCCCGGCUCAUGUCUAAGAGAGCUUGUGUGGUUAGCAGGUUGAACAGACAGGCAGUUCCUAGCCUGGAGCAGCUAAGCAAAGCAAGUCAGGAGAAACAGAACCCAAAUGCUCCCCCUCCACGUUCCCUGACCUACACCGUUUCCCAGACUCGCGUUAAGAAUGUGGCACAAUUUGGUGGACACAUCAAUGCUCUCUGCAAAGGACUUCCCACUUUCUAUGCUACCGAGGUGCAAGGUGCUGGUCUGUUUGUCAACCUUCAUGGCUGUACUGAUCUCGGGAUACUGAGAUUUCUGGGCAUCUCUCUGUGUGGGAAUAUUGGAUGCUAA